AUUAUUCUUAAUACUUUUAAUCGUUACAACAUAAUAUUUAUUUAAAUUAUGUUGUUGUUAAUGGAUUUUAAAUGAAUAGUUAUUAUGAAGUAAAGUAUAAAUAAGAAUGACUUUUAAACAUUCUUACGGAAGCAAAAUAGUUGGGAUUUGACAUAUCGCAAACACUCCGGAUUUUGCAUUACAAUGAAGACAAUAAUUUUCUUGGCUGUAAUCGCAUUCGCGGUUGCUGAUCCCGAGUUUUAUAACGUUGCUACGUUGGAUAUGGAUAAGAUGAAAAAAGACCCUCUGGAAUUUAAAAGACUCGUAGAUUGUUUAUUGGACAGGCAACCCUGCACGCCCGUUUAUAGCACCUAUCGAGCUAUUGUCCAAGAAGCCAUCGAAAGAACUUGCAUGAAAUGUAGCCCGAUCCAAAAGAAAGCUUUCUGGCAGUUCCUGCAGGCACUCAGAACAAUCGCUCCUAAAGAUUACGACCAUUUUAGACAAAAGUACGAUGCCGAUAACAGAUAUUUCGACAUUCUAGAAUUGAUAUUAAGUGGUUAUGCAGACUGGCAUUAAAAAUAUACAAUUUUUGUUUCAAUUAAUCAAUUAUUAAUGAUGUUUUAAUGUCCACAGUCAAAUGUCAAACCAACAAUUUGAGAAUAAACUUAAAGUAACUCGA